AUGCAUCGCCUAGAAUCGUCUCUAGUCGCUCUUCUAUCAAUCUCAGGCCUCGCUGUUCCAGCUUUGACACAGUCGGGAGCGUAUGGUCAAUGCGGCGGAAUAGGAUGGUCCGGCGCGACAACAUGUGUCUCAGGCAACGAUUACUACUCUCAGUGUCUCCAGUCGACAACUUCGGGGACCACGGUGGCAGCAUCUAGCACAACCGUCGUAGGAAGCCUGACCACGCCUCCAGCCACGGGCUCGGCAUCGAGCACUACCUCAUCUUCGACUGCUAGUCUCACGGGCAUAGCCGCUACCGCGCCAACAGUCGGUCCCUCGAAAGAUGUCGGGAAACUCCCUGCACUAGGCUGGAAUGGAUGGAAUGCUUACGGCUGUGAGAUCUCUGCGGAUAAAGUCAUCGCGGCUGCCAACAGUUUCGUCAGCCUCGGCCUCAAAGCUGCAGGCUACGAAUACGUGAACAUCGAUGAUUGCUGGGCAGAGACAUCGCGCGACUCUAACAACAAACUAGUUCCCGACCCGACGAAAUUCCCGAAUGGAUUAAAGGAUGUCGCCGAUCAGGUCCAUGCCCUCGGCCUUAAGAUUGGUAUCUAUAGCGAUGCGGGGACGAACACGUGCGCAGGUUUCCCUGGCUCUCUGGGCCAUGAGAGCACCGACGCUGCUACAUGGGCCUCUUGGGGUAUUGAUUAUCUAAAGUAUGACAACUGCAAUGUGCCGGGAAACUGGAGUGAUAGCAGUACUCCUCCAGGCAAUGACUGGUACAACUCGAACUCAGCGAUCAGAUACCGUCAGAUGACCGCUGCUCUUGUUGCAGAGAAUACGAACCCUGUUCAAUUUGACCUGUGUAUCUGGGGUACCGCUAACGUGUGGGAGUGGGGUGCACGCGUCGGACACUCAUGGCGCAUGUCUGGAGACUCAAGUGCAACCUGGUCAUAUAUCACCUCCAUCAUGACCACCAACGUCCAAUACCUCUCGUCAAUCGACUUCUAUGCGCAUAACGAUAUGGAUAUGAUGGAGAUCGGUAAUGGAGACCUUACCAUGGAAGAACAGCGUUCUCAUUUCGCUGUUUGGGCGUUCAUGAAGAGCCCUAUCCUCCUUGGAACGAAUCUCUCUGCACUAUCCGUGGAUCAAAUAUCCAUUAUAACAAACUCGGAGUUACUCGCCUUUCAUCAAGAUGCGACCGUCGGCACGCCUGCCUCACCAUUCACUUCGUCCACGUCCGCGACCACAAGUCCUCCACAGUUCUACUCCGGUACAUCAUCGAAGGGCACACAUGUAUUCAUCGUGAAUACAGGAGCCAGCCUCACAACAUUCACGGUGAAUUUUGCAGACGUCCCAGGGCUCGGCUCUGGAAGCUACCGAGUGCAUGACAUGUGGGCGAGUAAGGAUCUAGGAACUUUCUCUGGCAGUUGGAACGUGUCCAUCGCAUCGCAUGAUACGGCAGCAGUCUUGAUUUCGUCAAAUUGA